CAAGACGGGUAACAUCUGCGAUGGCAACGUCCGGACCCAAUGAAGAGAAUGCGGUGAUCGACGCAUUGAGUCUUGAGGAAAUUUUGGUCUCCUCAAUGAAGAGUAUCCACUUAGAUGCAGCCAACAAAGACAACAAGAAGGACGAGGACAUCACUGGUGCGUCGCCGAGGGCGCGCCGGCGCCAGUUCAAGCGGUGCGGCGACGAGGAGCGGCUGUCACUGCUGAAGGAGGCCCAGAGAAACUGCCGGAAGCUGAAGAACGGGGCCCACAUGCGGCUGUACGUGCGAGAGCUGACGGCGUACGUGUGGAGCUGUCCGCUCAGCUUGCGGAAGGCACUCGAGGAGGCGGGCGUGUCGAAGAAGGAGGCGCGCCGUAAGGCGAAGGACCCGAAUCUGGUGGUGCAGCCGAGCCGGCCCGCCACCAACGGCUACAUGGGACGGGCGAGCAUCUGGGCCCCGGAGGGCUUCAACCCGCUACUCGACCUGAGCCACCUGCUCAGCAGCCCCGAGCCGCAACAGGACGAGGGGCACCACGGCGGCGACGGGGCCCUCAAGUGAUUUCUUCACCACUCUGCAGUCCCCGACAAAUCUCCACACGCAGCGUCCUACAAGGGAAUCCCUGCGUGAAAUCGUUAACGCACUGAGCGUGACCACCGCCGUAUCAGACUUUUCAACAGGCCCCACUGCUUCAAAACAAAACAAAGAAAGUGAAAACCACCUCAGUUACUGUCAAUUUCGGGCUACCUUACCCAAAUAAUUCCAUUCUCAUUAACUUGUUGAGCAGCAACACAGCAAGACACAAGUUGUAAUGACAACGAAUGCAUAGUUGCACAUAAUACUGAAACAGUGUUAAAUAGCGCUAAUUUGUAUGAAC